CGAGGCAUGGUGUCGGAGGCUGGAAGGAAGACAGCGACAGCAAUGUUUUUUUUCGUAUUCUUGCAAUAAUUAGUAGCUAACCUUCCCCCUCUCACUUUCCUUCCUCUCCCCUCCCCCUAAUCUGGAAACAGCGCUGUUUCGGUCUGGGAAGUAGGUGGAAAAAGAUGAGGAUCCUGGCUUGGGGAACUUGCUAGGAAUUCAGGCUAAGGAAAGGGUUAGGGGAGGCUCACUGGACUCGGUUACGGGACUGCAGGAUUUGUCCAAUGAGCCUGGGCGGGCUGGAGAGUGUUUAUAGUAAUCCCUCUCAGGCAGUUGAGAUAGCAAAUAAAUUCAGACCCCCACUUUCAUUUUGUAAGGAUGUGGGCCCUUUAGUUAAUGGCAAGGCAGCUUUGAACCAAGGGAGUCCACUGCUUAAGUACUUUAGGGGACUAUUAGGGGACCACUGUUUCAAAAAUCUGCAAGUGAACUAGUCUCUUUCCAAAACUUUUUGUUUUUGAAAAGUUCACCCCCUUACCUAUUUACAAACUGGGGUUUAUUUGUAUUUACCCCUUUAAUCAACUCUUUGGGGGCAAUUUAUAUCCUAAAACGAGGAAUUAAUUGAGACCUGGAAUUAAGGAAGAGCAGGUGUUUACUUGAUUAAAAAAAACUUGUCUUCCCUUCCUACUUGUGGGAUCAGAGGAUAUUUUGACAAAGUUAUUUUUCUCCAGGUUGAAAGGUGGGCUCAACUCAGUUUUAUAUCUAUUUCUGAGACAGCUUUAUCUUACUAUAUUUUUGCAUGUUAUUUUACAAUCUGGCAUUCAUAGAGCAACCCCCAACUAUCAUGUAAAGAGACAAGUGGGUUGAAUGUAGGUAACAAGAUAAAAUAGCCCUUCCAUUGUGAGGUGUGUGUGUCUUGAAGAUUUGGGCUUUUUGGAGGAUUCCUCCCUCUUCAAGCACAGUGGAGAAGGAAUGCCAAACCCAGAGAGACAUGGGGGCAAGAAGAAUGCGGGAGGAGGGGAGUCUUUGCAUCAAGGUGCAGUGUCCUGCAGUGGGAGCUCAAACAGAGAGAGGCACCGGCUUUCUAAGCAUAAAAGACACAGAUCCAAGCAUUCCAAAGAUUCACUGUUGGGGUCCCAAGAAGGAAGCGCAACACUUGGCAGCAUGAUCAAGCCAUUGGUAGAAUAUGACGAUAUCAGCUCUGAUUCUGACACCUUCUCAGAUGAAACAGUCCUCAAGUUGGAACGUAGAGAAAAUGAAAGGAAAGGGACAUUGGACAGGAGUGAUCGAUUAAAUAGACAGCAGCAGCACAAGCAUGUCCAUGACUUGAUGAAAAGUAAGUUGGGGGACAAGGAGAAGCAACUGGAAAGGAAUCAAGAGUCCUCAGGCAAUUUGAGUUCUAAUAAAGAUCGAAUAUCCAGGACUUCCAAAAGGCUACAUGAGGAGAAUGAUGACCAUUCAUCUAAGUCAUUCAAGAGUAGUAGCAAAGAGUCUCGGUCAGCCAAACUGCAUAAAGAGAAGUCUAGGAAGGAGCGGGAGGUGAAAUCUGGUUACAAGGAUCACAGUAAAAGUCGUUGGAAAAGAGAUGCCCCCAAAAGCUACAAGUCACUGGACAGUCCAAAGUGGAAAUCCAGAAGUCCACACCAUAAGUGGUCAGAUGGUCCCAAACAAAAUGACAGUCCCUCAGGAGCAUCUGAUACACAGGACUAUGACAACAGCCCUCCACACACUCACACAUCCAGUAACUAUGAUUCCUGUAAGAAGAGUUCUAGUGUAUCCUCACGACGACCAUCAGUGAGCCCUCCAUUUAAGGAACCUGCCUACCAAUCCAGUAUAUGUUCUCCCAGCCCUUAUGGCAGGAGACAGCGGUCAGUCAGCCCAUACAGCAGGAGGCGUUCAUCCAGCUUUGAAAGGGGAAGUGGUUUAUACAGUGGAAGAUCCCCCAGCCCAUUCAAUCGAAGGAGCUCCAGCAGUUCUUAUGUUUCCAAGCGGUCUCUGAGCCGUAGUCCUGUUUCCAGGAAGCCCAUGAAAUCCCGAAGUAGAAGUCCCGCUUAUUCAAGGCAUUCAACAUCUCAUAACAAAAAGCAGAGAACUGGGUCUUGCAGUCGUCAUUCUAGUAUCUCACCUGUUCAGCUACCACUGACCUCCAGUUUGGGAGCUGAGCUGAGUAGGAAGAAAAAGGAGAGGGCUGCAGCUGCAGCUGCAGCAGCAGCAAAAGUUGAUAGAAAGGAGAGCAAGGACUCACAUAGCCUAUUGUCUAGGAAAGAAAAUAACUUAACUGAAGUAAAAGAGUCUAUAAUGGAUGUCAGGAAGGCAAAAAUUGCUAAGCCUGAAAAAUAUCCUCCUGAUCUGGUGAUGGUAAAUAUUCUACAAUACAGUGCAGAAACAAAAACAACUCUUGAGCCUGCCAAAACAAAGACAGAAAAUUCUGAGAAGAAACUACCUGCUUCAGUUAGAGACUCAAAAACAGCAGGAACAAAGUAUAUGAAACUUACUAUAGCAAAGGAGGAAAUUGUGACUUCAAAAGAAAUACAGUCAGCUGAACCAGAGGUCCCAACUCCUUUGUCUUCUGUAAAGUCACUCCCUCCUUUACCAACAUCAUCCCCACCUCAGGUUCCUCCUCCAUUGCCCCCCUUGCCUCCAUUGCCAGUUAUUCCCCCUCUGCCACCUGCUCAGUCAUCUACCAUUCACAGCCCUGCUUUAGUUCCUUUGUGUCUGUCAUCUUCUGUCCACUGUAAGACAUCCUUAACUUCGCAGGCUAACUCUCAGUUCACCAUGCAAUCCGCCUCAAAGGGACAUGUUUCUGUGACCAUUGCUGUCCCCCAUCUGAAAACGUCAACAUUGCCUCCACUCCCUUUGCCACCAAUCUUGCCUGGGGAAGAUGAGUUGGAAAGGUAAGGUUUGUAAAUGCUGCUAUUCUACAAAGUCUUGCUAGUGUAAUGGCUUGCUCACUUCACUGUUCUGAUGUAAAGCUUGGUAUCUAAAAACUGUUGAAC